GGAAGGGGUUAAAUCUCGUCGUGGGCAAAGUUGCAGUUACUCAACAUGUUUCCACUGACUGAGGAAAACAAGAGUGUGGCCUGGCUUUUGCUCAGUACUGGUACCUGUCCAAGAUGUAUCUUCAGAUUCUGUGGUGUGGAUUUUCACACACCGUACAAACUUCCUUACAAGGACUUACUCAAUGAGCUUCAGAAGUUCCUAGAAACUGAAACGGAUACAGUGAUUUUGGAAGUCCCAAAUCCACCUCUCAAGAAAAUUCGACUGCAAGAGUCGGAUGAUGAGACUGCUGAUCUGAGUCAGAAUGGGGAGGGAAGGCUCUCUGCAGAUGGAAGCAUUGCUCCCAGGCCCUCCCGCUUAAAUGUGUGCAAUAUAUGCCUAGGGAUUCUUCAGGAAUUCUGUGAAAAAGACUUCAUUAAAAAGGUGUGCCAGAAGGUUGAGGCCUCUGGGUUUGAAUUUACCAACUUGGUGUUGUCGGUCUCCUUCCCACCACAGCUGUCUGUAAGAGAGCAUGCUGCCUGGUUGCGGGUAAAGCAGGAGCGGGGAAAACAGAGUCUGUCGCUGGGAAGGAAUGAUAUAAUUCAGCUGAAAGAAGCCUACAAAUGGAUAACUCACCCCCUGUUUUCAGAGGAACUGGGCGUGCCCAUCGACGGAAAGAGCUUGUUUGAAGUGAGCGUGGUCUUCGCCCACCCAGAAACAGUCGAGGAUUGCCACUUCCUAGGCACCAUAUGCCCAGAUUGCUUCAAGCCAGCUAAAAAUAAGCAGUCGGUAUUCACCAGAAUGGCGGUCAUGAAAGCGCUGAGUCAGAUAAAAGAAGAGGAUUUCCUCAAGUGGUUUCCCUGUCCUCCAAACCCGCCCAAGGCCGUGUGCUCCGUGCUUGAAAUGGAAUGUGCCCACGGUGCUGUCUUCGUGGCUGGGAGAUACAAUAAAUACUCCAGGAAUCUACCACAAACUCCUUGGAUCAUCGAUGGAGAACGGAAGCUAGAAUCUUCGGUGGAAGAAUUAAUCUCAGAUCACCUGUUGGCAGUAUUCAAAGCAGAGAGUUUUAAUUUCUCAUCCUCUGGAAGAGAAGAUGUUGACGUGAGAACAUUGGGAACCGGAAGGCCCUUUGCAAUUGAGCUGGUGAAUCCUCAUAGAGUACAUUUCACUUCACAAGAAAUUCAGGAACUUCAGCAGAAAAUUAAUAAGUCGUCCGACAAAAUCCAAGUACGGGACUUGCAGCUUGUCACAAGAGAGGCACUAGGACACAUGAAAGCAGGUGAAGAAGAGAAGACCAAGACCUAUAGUGCCUUAAUUUGGACAAAUAAAGCAAUACAGGAGAAAGACAUUGAAUUCCUAAAUGACAUAAAGGACCUAAAGAUUGAGCAGAAAACGCCGCUGCGGGUGCUGCACCGGAGGCCGUUGGCGGUGAGGACGCGGCUCAUUCACACCAUGGAGACGCACUACUUGGACCAGCACCACUUUCGCCUCCGCCUGAAGACGCAGGCGGGCACCUACAUCAAAGAGCUUGUCCACGGCGACUUUGGGAGGACACAGCCGAACAUCGGCUCCCUGCUGAGUGUGACCGCUGACAUUCUGGAGCUGGACGUGGAGUCUGUGGAUGUGGACUGGCCGCCUGCCCUGGAUGACUAACGGUCCCCUUGAAGACGGAGAGCUGGGGCUCCCCCGGCAGGCUGGGGACCCCCGUUCAGCACACACUGCGCAAUGGCCCCAUACCCGCCCUCGCAAUGUCUCGGGAACCAUCUGGAUCACGUUGAUCUACGUUUUUUAAACUUGCUGUAAACAUCUCAGGAUCUCUAGGUAUAUAUUUGUAGGUGUUAAAUUGCUCUACAGAUGUCUUAACAACCCUUCUUGCCCCGCUCCAGCCCCUGCAAAGCAAAAUGUGAUGAAAUCAUUUGCUUUUAAUUAUUUUAUUUAGAGAGGUCCGGGCCCAGGGUACCUUCUCUGUUCAUCGUAGAAGCUACUUUUUUGGAAGUUCAGAUUUCCCACCAAGAGCGCCCCCUAAAACCCUAUUGCUGUCCAGUCUAUUCUAGGGCAGAGCCCCUACCGGUAGCAGAGUAGAACGCCCCGUGGCGUUUCUGAGGCUGUACCCAAAUCUUUACGGGGAAGCCGGUGGACGCUCCUUCCCCCACGGAGCACCUCACGGGCUGGGGCCAAGCCACCGACUGUUAGCCCAGCAGCUGAGCGCUUACCCACUGUGCUCCAGGGCCACUUUCUCAGAGACACACCACCUUUACAGUACGACACUACCUUUUUAAAAUGACCUGGAUAAAAGUUUCAUCGAUGCAGAUACACUGACUUAGGCAGCACAGUCACCUAUAAUAUUCUAAAAUAUCAAUGCAAAUCGGAGGUUAGCUUUCCCAAGUAGCCUCGAGUUAUUGCAGAUAGAAGGACUUCUGGGUGCAAUUUGUAACACUCUCAUGACUUCAAGUUACGGUUUUGGCAGACUAAAAAUUGUCAGUACAUCCCUUGUGGAGGGAAAUUAAAACCUUAGGAAUUAAGGCAUGUCAUGGAAAAAUAACUUCACCAAUCUUUUAUAUAAGGAGACACAAGUGCCUAUGCCUAUUGAAUAUAACUUUUUGAAAAAUUUAGACCGCCCAACUGGUAGUAUAUUUCAAGGUGCUUCAAUAUAAGAGGCUAACUCAGAAAGUAUCGCUCCUGGGGUUCUAGUUCACACCUGGGCCCAUUUAUCCCAAACUAUGUGUUUAAACAUCUCUGCCGUCAGUGGAUGGCAGCAGGCAAACAGGUUCCUCAGCAUCACACGCUUGCCUUAGUCUCGUUAGGGUGCUUUCCGAAUAGGGUUUGUGUGAGUGAACGUGCGCCAUGGAAAAUUCCACUUUUGGGGUCAGGGCCAAUACUGACGGACUUUUUAACACAAGUCAAGAGGACAUCUUCCUAAACCGGUGAAGCUCUGCAACCAGUUCACAGGACACUGCCCCACGGAACCGCGUGGUAGCUCGAGUGAGCACUGAAGGAAACGAGCCCUCAGCCUCAGUCACUGAAACACCUGCAGCUGACCUGCAGAACCUGGGGCUGACCGCCAACUUCCCGGUGAUGUGGUAGCUCUUGAGGUUGGGAUAGGACGUGGUUUGGCAUCUUAAGUGCCCAUCUUGGCCUCGGCAGGCGUUGUAUGGUGAUCGCCUCGCUCCAAGAACGGAUCUUUCUGCCUUCUAAGCAGGGAGCAAAGCUCAUGGAGACUUUAUUGAAUGAAUUGUAAUGGAGGAUGAGUCUUGGAUUUACUAGCGUGAUCCAGAGAGCAAGGUCCAUUCAAAACAGUGCCUUCUGAGGGGAUCUGCCAGACCAGUUUAAUCCAAAGCAGGCAGGUCAGCUCAAAGUUAGGAUGACUUCUUUUGGGGAUCCCAAGGGGGGCACCCUUGCUAGAUUUUCUCAAAGGACACAGGACAAUCAUAGGGGCUUAUUAUGACAAACUCUUGAAGAAAAUUGAAAAGUGCAUUAGUGAGAUAAAGACCAGGAAACUUCUUCGUAAGGAGUCUUCCACCCUCAGCCCCCACCCCCACUGUGACAAUGUACCUGUUCUUCAGGGCAGCAGGGGCAUCUACAAGGAUGUUGUUGGGAAACUCGGCCGCAAGCCCUCACAGCUUCCUCUUUCUUGCCCCUCCAGACUUGUUCUUUGAGUUUGGGAAACAAAAAGAACAAACCGGCCCCUCAAGGGCUCCCAACAGCUGUUGAGAUGAGGUGGGAACUGAAGAGGCAACCUUCUUCAUGGGGCCUUAGAAAUGCUGCCUUCUGCAGCGUGUAGACGUUAGAGGAUUGCCCAAGAAAUAACAGCUUCACAGUUUGAUAAUUUUGCUUAAUAAUGGUUGCUAUGAAUUUUGUAGCAAUACAUUUUGACUUACCCUCUCUUGUGCUUCCCUUUCAAACAUAGUGAUAUAGAUGUAGUCUCUCCACUUCACAAAUAUGAAAACCAAAGAAUAGAGUGAAAUGACUUGUCUACAAUAGUUGCUUCCUUAUCUAGGACUACAGACUUUCUAUCUCCAUCUCUCAGGGCUUUCCUAAUAAACCCUGUACUAAGUA